UCAUUCAUUCUCACAGUCUCAUACAUAUGAAGUGAACCCCAUCUCUCUUCAAAACCAAUCACUCCUCCGUUUCACCGUCGUCUCGCAACUCCGGCGACUCACCUCACCGCUCACCGGAGACCCAGUUUCAUCUAGGGUUUCCACUUCCCAUCCCCAAAUUUUCAUGCUCUGAACUCUCAAAUCGUUCUUCACACACACAAGUGUUUUCUUCCAGCAACUGGUGGUGUGUGUGUGUGAUUGAACAUGAGCAUUGUUCCCAAAGAGACCGUGGAGGUUAUUGCACAGAGUAUUGGGAUUAACACCUUGUCUCCCGAUGUUGCUCUUGCUGUUGCUCCUGAUGUUGAGUACCGUAUGCGUCAGAUUAUGCAGGAAGCAAUCAAGUGCAUGCGGCAUUCUAGGAGAACCACUUUGACAGUAGAUGAUGUUGAUGCUGCACUCAACUUGAAGAAUGUUGAACCAAUAUAUGGAUUUGCAUCUGGCGGUCCUUUACGGUUCAAAAGAGCUGUUGGACAUAGAGAUUUAUUUUACAUUGAUGACAAGGAUGUAGACUUAAAAGAUGUCAUUGAAGCUCCUUUACCAAAAGCACCCCUUGAUACUGCAAUUACGUGCCACUGGCUUGCCAUUGAAGGUGUGCAACCUGCUAUUCCGGAAAAUGCUCCUAUAGAGGUAAUUUCAGCUCCUCCUGAUGUAAAAAAGCCUGAUCAGAACAAUGAUGGACUUCCAGUUGACAUCAAGUUACCUGUUAAGCAUGUAUUAUCUAGAGAGCUUCAGCUGUAUUUUGAUAAAGUGACUGAACUAACUUUAAAUGAGUCGGAUUCAGUUCUAUUUAAAGAAGCAUUAGUAAGUUUGGCUACUGAUUCAGGACUACAUCCAUUAGUUCCUUAUUUCACAUGCUUUAUAGCUGAUGAGGUUUCUCACAGCUUGAAUAAUUUUCCUCGUCUAUUUGCCUUGAUGCGAGUUGUUAGUAGGCUUCUGCAAAACCCUCAUAUCCAUAUUGAACCUUAUCUACACCAGUUGAUGCCUUCUAUUGUGACCUGCCUUGUUGCUAAAAGGUUGGGCAGUAGAUUGUCAGACAACCAUUGGGAACUUAGAGACUUCACAGCUAAUCUGGUAGCCUCAAUAUGUAAAAAGUUUGGACAUGUUUAUAGCAAUCUACAGUCCCGGUUGACAAAAACAUUGCUGAAUGCAUUCUUGGAUCCCAAGAAGGCAUUGACGCAACACUAUGGAGCAAUUCAGGGGUUAGGAGCACUGGGACCUAAUGUGGUUCGCCUUCUUUUGCUACCAAAUCUUGAAACAUAUAUAAGACUUCUUGAACCAGAGAUGCAGCUCGAGAAGCAGAAAAAUGAAAUAAAAAGGCAUGAAGCUUGGCGUGUUUAUGGAGCCUUGCUGCGUGCUGCAGGUCAGUGUAUAUAUGAUCGACUCAAGAUGUUCCCUACAUUACCAUCUCCUCUCCCUCAAGCUGUCUGGAAGACCAAUGCUAGAGUUCUUACCUCUUCAACUCUUAAACGCAAGGCAAGCCAUGAGCAAUUGGAAGAGCAGCCCCCUUUAAAGAAAUCUGCUACUGAUGGUGAAGCUGAUGUAAUUAUGACAAAUUCGUCACCGUCUCACAAGCAAGGGGAGACAGGGACUCAAGAUUCUUCAGUUGAUUCAAUAGCAGCCGCAUCAACAUCUUCUAGGCAGAUGAAAAAUGAGACCACUUUAGAUGGCGAAGUUAAAAGUAACAAGGUAGAUACUCAGGCAUUGAAGAUAUCUGCUGCCCUCACCCAGGUUUGGAAGGAUGAGCUGAAUUCAGGACGUACCCUGGCGUCACUGUUUGAGUUGUUUGGUGAAGCCAUUCUUCCCUUCAUUAAGGCUCCUGAGAUGUACGUGUUCCUGUAACUUGGGGAGUAUUAUAGUAAUCUUGUUUAUGGAUAGAUACAUGAUGGAUGAUAUUUUUGACAACCUAAAAUUACUUAAUGGUAUAAAAUGUACAAUUUUCUUUCUGAUGAAUGAAAUUUACAGUUCACGUGAAA